UCCAACAUAAAAAACCGGCUGACCAGAGAGGAGAGCGAGCAGCCAGAGGACCUACAAAUAUUAUUAUAAAAAAAAAUAAGCUUUAAUUUAAACUUGUGUCUCUCCUAAUCACAGAAGAAUUCCGGAGAAACAAUGGAAGAUUUGGAAAAAGUAUGUACAUUUAACCACAGGUCUCCAGUCAUGUUUGACUCCUGGGCAAAGUGGAGCGGAACGUUUGGUCGCGUAAUUGGACUUGUGCGUUGUUUCUGUGCUUGAAAUGAAAAAGGUCUACAAUGAUUAUGGCUUUAUAUUAACUAUGGGCGCACAUAUUCUGGAGACCAACUCCAGCGGCAACUUGACUCUUGCGGUGACUGAGGCUGGGACUAUCCUCCCGGGCUACCUGGCGGUGAUCUUAUCGGUCCUCAUGGUGACUCUGGUUGUCGUUGUGGUGGCGGGAAACGCGCUGGUCAUCAUGGCUUUUAUUGUGGAUAAAUCCCUGAGAAAUCAAAGCAACUACUUCUUUCUAAACCUUGCCAUAUCAGAUUUUCUCGUGGGUGCCUUCUGCAUCCCGAUGUACAUCCCGUACAACCUGACAGGCCGGUGGAUGCUGGGUAAGGGGCUCUGCAAGGUGUGGCUGGUUAUGGACUACGUACUCUGCACCGCCUCAGUCUUCAACAUUGUCCUCAUUAGUUAUGACCGUUUCCUGUCAGUCACAAGAGCAGUUAAAUACAGAGCACAGCGGAACAUGACCCGCCAGGCUGUGUUCAAGAUGGUGGCGGUGUGGGUGUUGGCCUUCCUCCUCUACAGCCCCGCCAUCAUCUUCUGGGAGUCGAUGGUCGGCCAGAGUGUCGUCCCAGCUCACGAGUGCUACGCCGAGUUUUAUUUCACCUGGUACUUCCUGCUCAGCGCUUCUACCUUUGAGUUCUUCUGCCCGUUUGUGUCCGUGGCUUUCUUCAACCUCAGCAUUUACCUGAACAUCCAUCGCAGGACCAAGAACGGGUGCGCCUGCGUGGAGGAAGACGUCAAAACUCGGGUGAUCAGUAAGAAGCACAAUGAUGGAGGAGGCUGGUCUGUGUUUUUUGUGAAGACUCGGAAAGUGUCGUGCAGCGAGCCGACUGCUAUCUCUGCAGUUAUCGAGGACGACGAUGUUCUCACCCCUUCCUCCUGUGUGGACCCUAAUAACAGUCAAAUAUUCAUGCAGAAGGAGAAGUUCUCUCCUAACAGAAAAAACUCCAGGCUGUUUCAGCACACAGCCUCUUGCAUGGCGCCGAGCCGCAGGACACAGAUCUCUCGUCUGUCUCGAGAUAAAAAGAUUGCCAAAUCUUUGGCCAUUAUUGUUUGCAUUUUUGGGAUUUGCUGGGCUCCUUACACUCUACUAAUGAUUAUUCGUGCCGCCUGUAGCGGUGAAUGUGUGGCAAACUACUGGUAUGAGAUUACAUUCUGGCUCCUGUGGCUGAACUCUGCCAUCAACCCGUUUCUUUACCCUCUGUGCCACAGCAGCUUCCGAAGGGCUUUCUCAAAGAUACUGUGUCCGAAAAGACAAUCCAUCCAGCCUCAGAUUGAGAUUCAGUCUUGUUAGAUGAACUCAAUUUGCACUUCCAUGCUUUAUGAAUGCAGUAACUGUUGUCGGUCAAACACUGUAAAAAUCCAUAUACUGUUCUUCCAUACAAAAAAUAAAGGUUCAAAAAUAUGAGGUUAAAGGUUAAAGUCAGUUGUGCAAGGAUUGUCACGUCAUGUCUGACAGCAAUACAACAAUUCAACAUGGUCAUGUGACGUGCGAGAUAAAGAACUUAAAUCAUAACAUUCACAGAUAAUCUCUAGUAGGAAGAAGGAAUGUGGUUUAAGCUUCCUCAGCCCUCACUUCUCCAUGUGCUUAAUGCUGUGAAAUGAUGAAUGAAGAAGGUGAUGACUAUAAUUUAGUCUUAAGAUAUUAUACAAGAACUAUUGUACAGCACCACUAAGUUAAAUUAUAGUCCGUCUGCUUGAAAGCACAGCGGGAGACAGCGGCUUCAGCCAACAUCCAGUUUCUCACAGGGCUACUGUGACGACAAAACCUUUAACUCCUAUUUAGAUAAAACAUUUGGAUUUUAUGGUCAUAUAUGUUUUUUUAUAAAGUUUCAUAAUCUUUCUGCACGUGAAACCCUCUCACUUAAGUUUAAAGUGUUGCAAAUUCAAGCUUUUACUCUGCAAAAAGCUUUUAUGCAGCAUUAGGGUGACACAUGUCCUCGAAUUUGAAAGAACCUGAAAAAAAGAAAGUAACAUGUACUUGUUUACUGUGUGAACUUUUAUCACAGUGAUGUUUUAUUUAUUUUUAUCUGAAAAGUGGGCUAGGGGCAAGGGGGAAUCAGCUGUUAUUUGCCAACAAUGAAUCUGUACUUAUUUUUAAAAAGAUGUUCUUGUUGAUGUUAAAAAUGUACAGCACUAAAUGAGAACAGAAUUACUACCUGUAGAAUAAUAUCUAUGCCAAGCUCGAUGGUUGUGUUCUUAAAGUGCAGUAUUUAUUGAAAGACUUGACUGGUUUAUACCACAACAACGACUUGACUACUUUGUAUCUUGGCUAUGAAUGUGUGUUGCUGUAAGUAGCCAAAGAAAGAAUAAAAAGUAGACUGCC